AUGAGUUCGAACAAUAGCUCACCGGUCUUAAAUUAUUGGGGAACUCUCAUCCAGAGCCCUGAGGAAGUCCCUAUAGAAAGGAGGCGAGCCUGGUCACCUCAUGGCAAAGCAUUAAUACAUCUUUCAUCGUCCUGUUCUGCAUCUCUCCACCCUCCCUCCUUCACCUUUCUCCUCGCCCUGAGCGCGUUAUCUGCUUCGGUCGAUGUGGAGGAGGUCAUCUUGCCUCAUGAAUUGCACAAUCCAAAUGCCUCUCAGACCAUCCUCCUCAUCCAUGGCGGAUUCUCUAGUGAAGAAUGGAACAAGGUCUGGCCGUGUCUUACAGCAAGCAAAGACUAUCACGUCCUGAUUCCCGAUCUGCAGUGUCAUGGUAGAGCAAUCUCUCUGGAAAGACAUGGACUCUUCUUCGACUUGGACGAUACGGCUGAUCAUCUCGCAACACUCAUCCGCGACCGAGCCCGCAAGGGGGUCGCGCAAGUGGCAGGUUGCCCUAGUUACGAGCCCGAGGGAGGCCAUCGCAAGCAUCAUCCACGGCGAAGGAUCGCUCUCGCUGUGUCGAGACAUUACCCGGACUUGUUCUGUGAUAGAUUUCUACCCGUCAUUUGUCGCAGAGUGCUCAUCGUUGCCGCAGCGAAGGAAAGCCUCUUCCUGGCCAAAGACAGUGUCGAAGGUGCUGCUGCAGCGAAAAAGGAAAAAUUACGAGGCAAGAUACAGGAGAAUAUAGAGUCCAAGCAGCAAUAG